AUGGAGCCUGCGCAGGCGGGGUCUUCGCCUAUUCUGGCCUCCCCCGUUGAAACCCCCCGCAGCAGAGACUCCCGGAAGGAUUCAACUGUCCUAGAAUUGGCAGAUCAUGGCCUAUUUUUGCCUCUUUCCCCGCGAGACCUCCAGCCGUCGCUGCGUUCCCCGCUGCUGGCGCUGGAGCGCACAGCCACGCCCCUUGAGCUCUGCAGCACUUCCCCCCAUGGACCACUGGUCACCCCCGACGCCUGUCCACUCGUGGGCCUCGAGGACCACCGCCGUGUGCGCUUUCGGGACUGCGACGAGGAGUGGCUGCUGACGGAGGAGAUGUCGGUGGCCAGCGCUUCGCUGCGGGCCACGGAAGAGGCCCCCCUGGGGCCUCUGGGGGACGCAGCAGCAGCAAAGCUCGACGAAGCCUCCCCUGCUGCAGCAGCAGCAGCAGCAGCGGCGGCGGCGCAGCCCCGUGGCUGCAGAUCUCCCCUCGCCGCAGCGUGCAGUGUACGUACACCUGGGGCCGCGCAGCCGGGACGCGCAGCAGCCCGCUGCAGCAGCCCGGGCAGUCCUUUUGCUUCUCCAACUCUGGCAGCUUCUCAUUCUUUUCUUUACCAGCAGCAGCUCCGCAGCAGCUCAGUGGACCUUGCUGCUGACCACUGGCUUCCUGCUGCGCGCUGCAGCAGCAGCGGCAGCAGCAGCUCUCGCUGCGCGCCCCGGCGCUGCCCAGCUCGCGCCGACCCGCGCCCCCCGCCACAACACCCACAACCCUCAGCCCCAGCCCCAGCAGCAGCAGCAGCAGCAGCAGCAGCAGCAGCAGCAGGCCCUUCGGGCCCCCGCGGCCGCCGCCACACAGCCCCCGGGGCCCUGCGAACUGCCCUCAUUCGCUCAGCCGACGGCAGCGUCCACCGCCGGCCGCUCCACAGGCCUCCGUGUCUGAGUACAACUCAGCCCCCGAAGUCUUGUGUGCGGCUGCAGCAGGAGGCGGGCUGCAGCAGCAGCAGCAGCAGCAGCAGCAGCGGCGGCGGCGGGGGAGGGGGCUGCGGGGGGGCGGCGGCGUGCGGCAGCGCGGAGGCCGCGGGGCCCUGGGCCGCCUCCUGGGGGUCCCACAGCCGCGGGGGGCCCUGGGGGGCCCCCUGGGGCCCCUGGGGGCCCCACAUGGGUACAGAGGUGGGGGCCCCCCAGUGGGCCCUCCCCCCAAGGCGCUCUCUGUCGGGCCCGGGGCCCCGGUUCUCCCGGUUUCUAGACCCGGUGGCUGCUGCUGCUGGGGCUGCUGCUGCUGCUGCUGCUGCACCUCUGGCGGGCCCUGGGGGCCCCUGGGGGGGCCCCCACAGGCCUUACCAGCCGCAGCUUUGCCAGCCCGCUGCACUGGUAGAUAUUGCUUCUUGGGACUUCGAAUGA